AGUAAACUAUUUUUUAUUUAAUCAAUAUUACACAUUAAUAUAUAAAGGUUUUCACAUUUCAGUAAUUUAUAAAUUGUUAAAUUUAUUGACUUUUGAUGUACGGUGAGCCGUUGAAACCAUUGUGUUUUGGCUUAUUAGUUGACAAUCUUAUUGGAAACUGUCAGUGUGUUAAAGAAUACUAUGAAAAGUUAAUAUAGGCCCAUUCAAAAUUGAUUUCUUAAAGAAAGUCAUGGCUGAGUUUAUAAGAGGUGGUCCAGGAUUGAUGAUACGCGAUAAUGUGCAGACUACGCUCAGCCUGAAUAGCAUGGACAGUCAGGAUAUAGUAGAUCAAGAAUUUGAUCCUUUCCUUGGACAAGAUGAACCAGAUGGGUCAAACGUAUCACUACUGCAAGCACCGCCUGAGAAUCACUGGUAUCAUGGUCGAUUGAGUAGAUAUGGUGCUGAAGAACGACUGUACACAUCAGAAAUUGGCAGCUACCUGGUACGCGAAAGCGAUCGUAAACCCGGCUCAUAUGUGCUAUCUUACCUGGGGCGGAAUGGUAUUAAUCACUUUAGAGUGACAGCAGUGUGUGGAGAUUUUUACAUAGGUGGCCGACAAUUUGAUAGUUUGUCAGACUUAAUAGGUUAUUACACAAAUUGUUCAGAUCUGUUAAAACGAGAAAGGCUUGUAUGUCCUGUAGCGCCUCCUGAACCAGUCAAUGAUAAAAAACGUGUUGUGGCAAUCUUACCUUAUACAAAAAUGCCUGACACAGAUGAACUAACAUUUCAAAAAGGUGAUAUAUUCUUUGUGCACAAUGAUAUGGGAGAUGGAUGGCUCUGGGUAACAGCUCACAGAACAGGUGAACAAGGAAUGAUUUUUAUGGAUCUAGUAAGUUAUUAAUAGUUUUAUUUAAUUUGUAAUGGUUUUUAUUUAUAAUCAAUUUCUAAAAAUAUUGUUUGUUAUAUAUAAUUAUAAUAAUUUAUUUUAUUAAGUUAUAAUACAAAAAUGUAUACAUUUGCAGGUAGACGAUUUAGAUGAAAACAUUGACCCUAACACUGUUUUUGAAUGGUUUCAUCCAGGGGUGACAAAAACUGAAGCAGUAGACAUGUUAGUAAAAUCUGGACCUGGAAGUUUUUUGGUAAGACCAAGUGAUAAUUCUCCUGGAGACUAUUCAUUAUUCUUUCAUGUCAACAAUCAAAUUCAAAGAUUUCGAAUUGAGAAAAAAGGUGUUCGUUAUUUAAUGGGUGGUCGUACAUUUGAAUGUUUAGAUGCUGUUAUAAAUAGGUAUCGUAGGGAGCAAAUAGUUGAAGGACACACACUUUUAUUACCAGUAUGUCGAAAUUCAAGUGAAUUAUUGGAAUUACCAAUCAAAUUAAAAGAAGUACAACAAGCUGAACAAAUAUAUGCUACUCUUAAAGAAUGUCGAGAACAGGUGGGUCUAAAAAAAGUAAAAGGAAUUAAGAUGCAAGGAUAUAUGUUUAAAAAGAGUGAUAAAAAUAAGAAAUGGAAAUCAUUGUAUUUUGUAUUAUUAGUUGGUGGACCGGAUACCCAUUUGUAUUUCUAUGAUAACCCUAAACGAACUAAACCUAAAGGUUUGGUAGAAUUAAGUUGUGCUUACUUAUAUCCGGUACAUGAGAGUGUAUUUGACAGACCCAAUUGUUUUCAAUUAGUUGAAAGAGCUUUACCGUGUUUGGCUACUAUAACAUAUUUAUCCAUUUCAUCACAAGAUUUAUAUCAAGAAUGGAUUUCUGCUCUCAGAAUGUAUUGUGUUACUCAGAUAAAAAGAGUUCCUAAAGCACAAAAACUACGAGAGCUACGUUGUUUGCAGUUACAUAUUCUAGAUGCCCAUCGUUUGCCAUUCAAACUUGUACCAAAUCCAUUUUGUAUAAUAUCACUUAAUCAAGUAAAAGUAGCCAAGACUCGAGUUAAGAGCGGACCUGAUCCUGUAUUUGAUGAAGAAUUCAUUUUGGAUGAUGUACCUCCUGAUGUAUUGACUUUCACUGUAAGUAUUUACAAUAAAGGAAAACGAUCUAAAGAUAGUGAGGUAGCUCAGUUAACUGUAGAUUUGAAUACACUAAAUAAUGGUGCUGAAGUUGAAGAUUGGUAUUCAUUGAGCGGUAUAACACCAAUAGGUGAAUGGGGCUCUUUACGAUUGCGUACUAGAUACUUACACGAUCUGAUUAUGCCAACUGAAGAGUAUUCACCGAUGCAACAACUAAUUCUUGAUCCAGAUUUAGAAGCUGUAAGAGCUUUAGCAGAUCUUUGUCAUCAGGAUCGCAUACCUUUAGCCACAUCUUUAAUGGGUAUUUUUCGACAUGAAAAAAAAGAAGCUGACCUGUUGAGAAGUUUAAAUGAUGUGGAAAUAAUGAAAGAAGAUGAGACCACAACACUAUUCAGAGCAGCAUCAUUAACCACAACAUUAAUGGACCUUUACAUGAAAUCGGUCUGUUCAGAUUUUUUAAAGUCUGCCAUACAACAAACUAUAUUUAAACUAUUGGAAAGUAAACAAUCAUGUGAACUGAAUCCAUGUAAAAUGGAUUCUCCAGAUGAUGCUUGUGACAAUGCUGAGUUUCUUUUAUUAAUAUUAGAUGAAAUCACUCAGUCUAUAUUUAUGUCGGCUGAAACUUGUCCUCGUACUUUACGUUAUAUAUGUGGAUGUUUACAGAGAAUGGUGAUGAAUAAAUGGCCUUAUGAAAGAUUGGUUAGAACCCAGGCAGUUUCCGGAUUUAUAUUUUUAAGACUUUUAUGUCCAGCAAUUUUAAAUCCUAGACAUUUCAGUCUUAUUCCUGAACCACCACCACCCAUGGCUGCUAGAUCUUUGAUCAUGGUAGCAAAAUGUUUGCAGAAUUUGGCCAAUCUUGUAGAAUUUGGUGGAAAAGAACCAUAUAUGGAAGUUGUUAACCCAUUCAUAUUAAAGAACAAAGAGAGAAUGGUAGUGUUCUUAGACCAGUUGUCUAAUGUUACUGAAAAACCAGUAUCUGAAGGAGAAAAAAUCAAAGGUGACCCUGCUCGUAAUUUGGGCACUCUACAUCAUAUUUGUAAAACACAUUUGAGUGAACUUCAGAAUCUAAGUAAAACUCAACCAUCUCUGAAGAAACUUGUAACAGUCACUGAAAUGUUAAAUAAACAUAAACAAAAGUAUUUAGAAAUGAUUACUUAAAUUUAUUUAACUACAAUAUAAUUGAACAAAGUAGACAUUUAAAAUUGCAUUUAUCCAUGACUACAGGCUGUUACAUAACAAUUGUUUAAUUGUUUCUCAAAAAUGUAGUUAAGUUAAAUUAUUAUUAUUAUUAUUUAAUAAUUUUCCAAAAUUGUAUGUCUAUAAAAAAAAAUUGUGUUCCAUAACAUAUAUUAUAUGUUAUAUACAUUUAUAUAUAUAUAUAUAUAUAUAUAUUUAAAUAUUAUUUCACAACUAAAUGCUUAAUGCUUUUUCCAAUGUAAAACAAUGACAAUGUACACCGAAAUUGACUGGUUGACCCUUGACUGAAUUAAUAAUAUUAAAAUAAAUUUGUCCUUCUUUAAAUGCCUGUCAACUUUAUAGAUUUCAACAUAGAAAUUUAAAUAUGUGCCAAACAUGUUUUUAUAUUUUAUAAUGGUUUAAAAACAUUGUGCUUUUGAAAUAAAAAUAUUAUCUAAAUUAAUAAAUCAAAUUCUACACUUCUGUUAUAUAUAUAACAUAAAUGUUUAUAUAUGAUAGAUGUGCUUUUGUUUAAUUCAUGUUAACUUUUAAAUAUUUUUCUACAUUUUGUAUUCAUGCGUUAAAAUAUUAUGGUGUAUAUUAAUUAUAUCAAUACACAUUAAUUUAUUAAUUAUUUGAAAUAUGUACA